AUGACAACCGAGGAGUUGACCUCCAAGUCGCGCCGUACCGUGCGGUUCCCCAACCUGGACACGGCACUAGCUCGCUGGGUCUCGUACUGUGAAGAAACUGGCGUGCCCGUUACGGGGGAGGCCAUCCGAGCCAAGGCCGCGAGGUUCGCGGAGAUUCUCCAGAUCGACACGCCCUUAACUUUCUCCAAUGGGUGGCUCUACAAAUUCAAUGAACGGCACGGGUUCGGAGGCCUACGAGCCCAUAAAGACACCAAGUCAUCAGUGGAGGCGGCGGUGCUGGAUCUGCAGCGCCGUCUGCAGAAUUACAACCUCCACGACAUCUUCAGUAUGGACGAAACGGGGUUGUACUUCACCAUGUUCCCCGAUCGAUCGGGUCGAAAGAUGACCAAGAGAUUGACGGUGGGCUUGGCCUGCAAUGCCGACGGGUCUGAAAGACUCCCGCCACUGUUUAUUGGCAAGGCGGAGAAGCCCAGGGGGUUCACGAGCUCCACCGCGGCGGAGAUGAACUAUGUGUGCAACUCUAGCACGAUGAUGGCGCGGGAGAUAUUCAUUAAGUGGAUCAAGGAUGUGGACACUAAGUUCGCCAAGCAGCAGAGGAAGUGCAUUAUGCUGGUUGACAGCGUGGCAGUGCAUGCUGGCUUCAAUCCGCAGGAGCUGAGGAACGUCGAGGUGGCGUUGGUUCCGUCGGGAACGGAGAACAACUUGCAGCCGCUUGUUGCGGGCGUUGUGACGGCAUUCAAGCAGCGGUACCGACGACGC